AUGAUCACCACACAAGCUUCUCUAGACGAACUCAAUACUAAGUUGGAAAACAGCGGCUCAAUGGAAAUGUUUCUAGGUUUCGAGCAAAAACUUUCGUCCAGUGAUUGUAGUAGAUCGGUGCCUGCAUGGGAUGAGGAUAAGUGGAUCGACCUUCAGAUAGGAGACACUCGACUGCAGUGCUUCAAGCCAUGCACGAGGUGUGUUUUGACCACUGUCGAUCCGCUCACUGGCACUAAGGACAGCGAUAUGCAGCCAUUGAAGAAAUUACGACAGUUUACGUCUACCACGGAGGGCCCUAUGCGACAACAGUUAAGGACAUCCUAUUCUUCGGCUCUUCAACACAGAGCACGGAAACGCUGCUGUCGACAUAAACCGGUUGUCUAUUCUUAUUUCUCUUUCUACAAAAAUUUGCCUUCAUAUGAUCUUUCAGGAUACGACCACGUGCGACAAACCGGUUACGCACGCUUAACAAAAGUGCCUUUUGAAUUACAUCACCCUCUUCCAUUUAAUCAUCUUCACCUCAUAAUUAUUCUAAUGAAAAUUUCAACAAUAUGUCAACUUGUCAUACUAUCGCUGGUUUUGCGAAAGCUGCAAUUCUUUUGUUCUGAGAAAGACUCAUAA